AAAAAGAAAAAAAAGAAAGAAAGAAAAAAGAAAAAGAAAGAAAGAAAGAAAAUGACCAAACAAGUUACUAUUAUGGUCCACUCUGCGUCAAAUGUGACGAAGAAGAAGCGGAAUGUUUAUGAGGUGCUGUGUUUCGCGUCGGAGGGUUUCACGGUGACACCGGCAGCUGCAGGCACGCGGGCCGCUGGCUGACUCUCAGCUGCUCACACACACGCACACACACACACACACACACACACUGAGGAUGAAGAGCAGGUGGCCUCUGUUAGGUCCGCUGGACUGGCAGCACUACGUCAACAAGGAAGUGAAGGUGAAGGCGCGCGAGCAGCAGCAGCAGCACCGGGGCUGGCUGCUCACCGUGGACCCGGUGUCCGCCAGCGUGGUCCUGCUGAGUUUCGGCGAGGCGGGCGGGGCCUCGGUGCGGGUGGUGAUGGGUCACGCGGUGGAGGAGGUGGAGGUGCUGCGGGAGGCGGACGAGCGCACGGCGGAGCUGCUGCGCUCCGCCUUCCUGCCCCGGCGGAGCAGGAGCUUCGGGCCGGAGGAGCUGCGGCGGCGCAGGGAGAGCGCCCGCCGCUGGCUGGAGAGGAACCGGGUGCCGGUGCAGGAGGACGGCGAGGCGCUGAGGGUCGCCGGCGUGCUGACGGUGGAGCCGCCGUACGGCCCCGAGGACUGCAGCGGCUCCAACGAGAUCAUCCUGUCCCGAGUCCAGAGGCUGCUGCAGGGAAACCCCGAGGACGACGCCUGACACCAACUUUAAUGAUCCAGCUGGAGAACUGGAGGGUGACUGUGUUGAUCUGUAAAAGCAUCUGUGAUUGGAGGAAGUCUGGCCUCCGCUGACCAAUCAGAGCACAGCAGGGAUGAAGGGCACGGGGUCACGUGGUGUUCAGAACUCAUAACCCGCUUGGUUUAUUUUGUUGUUUUUCUACGGCACUUUGGAAUAAAAAAGCACUGAUGAUGAA